CACUGAGAGCUCCCGCGACCAAGUCUCCGGCUCAGGAUGGAUCCCUUGGGGUGCCCUCGCUGCAUGUCAUCGAGCUUCCCAGGCACUUUCAUCCGUCCGUCUCAUCCCGAGGCAGAGUCAGGAUUCUGGAGCAGAGAUCGAGAGCAGAGCACCGCUGAGAUUUUGUCAUGAGCUUGAAAAGUCCGUUGUACUACAGCUCAGAAUGAUUAGAAGGAUUCAUUAGGCAGGGAGGAGAAGAAGCAGAAGGAGAAGGUGUUCAUCAGAAGUCUUGGAUGUGAGUGUGAUGGUGAGAUGCACAACCACUAGGGUGGAGUGAAAACCUUCACUUUCUUAAUAUGGUGUAGCCGAGUUCAUUGGUCAGCUGUUGAAGUGUGCAGCGAGGGGAGCCGAGGGCCGAAGCAGCAUGGACUGGAAGCCUUGUCAUGUGGGAGGAUGGAACUUCAUCAACCUGCUGUGGCUUUGAGUUCCUCUGGAGCUGCUGGGGAGGACAGAACCGACGGAACAGGAGGGUACAGCCAGAGUCAGGCAGACCGGAGGCUUUCCCUCACCCACAGAGGUCGCAAGCUGAGAGUACGCGCCUGGGGUCCAACCGCAACUUUUCCCAGAAGUGCGGGACAGGAACUGGGACUCUACCUCAACUCGAGCCGCCGGUUAAACAAGUGGUGGUGACUAAUGGAAAACUCCUCCACCAAACUGAUGGCACUUUACCCAACAUCGUCAAACAGCUGGUGCAGAACGUCCAGCAGAGUCAGGAGGAGCGAGAGAGGCCAAGGCCACAGUUCCCAGCACGUUAUGGUUCCUCUGUGGACAACAUCUCAGAGUCUCUUACCAGAAGCAUCAUCAACAAAUUUGAGAAGAUCAGGACUUAUGAGGGACAGCGGCUACCCAUGUCACCAACAGCUGCGCUAAAGCACUUUCAGAGCCAGCUCACCGAGUUUGAGCAGGAAGAGAUUAUGGACUACACUGAGAUCUGGUAUCUGGGCUUAGACACCAAGAAGAUCCAGGGCUGUCAGGGAUCUGCACAGAAUUCGGGCUAUGACGAUGAGCAUGGCAGCUACCUGAAGGUCCUUCACGACCAUAUCGCCUACCGCUACGAGGUCCUGGAGGUGAUUGGGAAGGGAUCUUUUGGACAGGUCCUCAAAUGUCUGGAUCAUAAGACAAAUGAGAUGGUGGCCAUCAAGAUCAUUCGCAACAAGAAAAGAUUCCACCAACAGGCGCUGGUUGAGCUGAAGAUUCUGGACGCUCUGCGGCGGAGAGACCGAGACAACUGCCACAAUGUCAUCCACAUGAAGGAGUAUUUUUAUUUCCGCAACCACCUCUGCAUCUCUUUCGAGCUCCUAGGAGCAAACCUGUAUGAACUGAUCAAGAAGAACAACUUCCAGGGCUUCAGUCUGGCUCUGAUCCGACGCUUCGCACACUCUUUGCUCAAGUGCCUGCAGAUGCUGCGCAGGGAGAAGAUCAUCCACUGCGACCUCAAACCGGAGAACAUUUUGCUCUCCCAGCGAGGACAGGGAAAUAUCAAGGUGGUUGAUUUCGGAUCAAGCUGUUACGAGCAGCAGAGAGUGUACACUUAUAUCCAGAGCCGUUUCUACCGCUCUCCGGAGGUGAUCCUGGGCCAUCCGUACAGCAUGGCCAUCGACAUGUGGAGCUUGGGCUGCAUCCUGGCCGAGCUUUACACGGGAUACCCGCUUUUCCCCGGGGAGAGCGAGGUCGAGCAGAUCGCCUGCAUCAUGGAGGUGAUGGGUUUGCCUCCAAACGACUUUGUUCAGACUGCAUCGAGAAAAAGGUUAUUUUUUGAUUCAAAAGGAAAUCCACGAAGCGUCACCAACAGCAAGGGGAAAAAACGCAGACCCAACUCCAAGGAUCUUUCCAGUGUACUGAAGACCAACGAUCCUCUGUUUUUAGACUUUAUCAGACGCUGCCUUGAGUGGGACCCUGUGAAGCGCAUGACUCCAGAUGAGGGCAUGCAGCACGAGUGGAUCCACGAGGGCCGGCUUAACAAGCUCCGCCCUAAAACACGACCAAUCAGGAGAUCUGGAGAAAGUGACGCUAACUUUGAGUACAGCUUCCGCAGGACAAGCUCAAACCGGAUCGCGGAUAAGUCAGGCUCAGAGGACAGAACGAGAAGAGAAAACUCAGCCAAAGGAGGGAAAAGAGAGACAGCAGAGCGCCUGAGACCCAUCGGAGCGUCUGCGGAGGAGGAAACCACUGAGGGAGUGGAGAAUACUGCAGACAGCAAAGACAGCAAGACAGAGAGCAAUCCACAGGGCAGUUCAGAGAGGAAAUCAGACAGCGGUGAGCGCUCCGUCGAAAUUGUCAUCCAACAUCAGUCUCAAUCGGUGUCAAGCACAGACUCAGAGGAUCCGGAGCCUCACACUCUACCACCCAUCAUAUAACUUCAGUAUUUUAAGAUCAUGCAGAAGUUUGGUCAGUAAUAUAAAGAGCAGUGACACGGAGUCAGAAGAUGUGUCUUUAGAGCAUGGGUAUACGUAUUAGAGACCUGGAUAGCUAACAGAGGGCGAACUAUGAAAUUGUAUAGACUUGUAUUCAUUUUCAUUUAUUUUUUAAGUACUAGUGGCUUUUUCAAAACAAACUUUCCCAGCCGAGGGAUUGUGAUGGAAAGAUCAAAAAUAUCUACAACUAAAUUGAAUUAAAACAAUCACAGUAUAACAGACCUUGUAUGAAAUGCUUAACAUUAAUAGCACAAUGCAGUUCAUUGUACUGUAGGUUACAGUUACAGCCUGCUAGUUUGGCUAGUUAGCGAUUUGAAAGCUAGCAAAUGUCUCAAUAACCAGCUAGCUAAGUUUCAGGAAAAUACACAAAGAUGGUUAUAAUCAUAUUAGGCCAAUACAAAAUGUAAUAAUAUAAAGAAAUCGUUUUUUGUUUUUUUUAUUCCACAAACUGAAAUGUAGCAUGCUAAGACA